CGGGUGGAAUGCAGAGGACCCGUAUAGUCCUCCAGCGCCGGAGCCAAGAUUGGCAAAAUGGACGAACGAGUUGCCUUUUGUACGUUUGGCAUGUUUAUAAUCGACCAAAUCGAAUACCUCAACGGGCGCGUACCAGCCGAGAAGAUCCUUGGCGGAGCCGGCACAUACGCUGCUCUUGGAGCUCGCCUUGCGGCUGGCGAAGCGAACUCCAGAUAUGUCUCCUGGAUCGUGGAUAUGGGAUCAGAUUUCCCACCAGAGUUCAAGGUCUUGAUCGAUACCUGGCAGACUAGAUGCACCUUCAGACUGGAUAUGAGCCGGCUAAGUACCACUGCUUGGAAUGGGUACGGUCCAAAUGAGUUCAGAGCAUUCAAGUAUUUGACGCCGAAGCUACGACUUGACGAGACAUCAUUGUCCGACGAGCAGGCUCUUUCCCGAUCGUUUCAUAUGGUCUGUUCGCCGACGCGAUGUAUUUCGAUCAUCGAGGGCAUCAUGGCUCGCCGACGCAGGCUUGCGGAAGACGAGCUUCGUCCGAUAUUUGUCUGGGAACCAGUACCUGAUCAGUGCACACCAGCAGAGCUUGAAAGAGUGCUAGAAACAGCUACUCAUGUGGAUGUUGUCAGCCCGAAUGCCGAAGAGUUUGCAGCAUUGUUCACGGGUAGUACCGAGCAAAAUUCGCGGCAAGCUAUGGUAGAGAAGCUGCUGGGUCUGCGAGGAUUAAGGCCAUUGAGCACAGCACUUGUGGUAAGGGAAGGUGCCCAGGGAUGCACUAUGUAUCGAGGCUCGAGAUCCCUACAUUUGCCGGCAUACCAUCAGAGUGCAGAGCGUGUGGUCGAUCCCACAGGUGGAGGAAACACAUUCUUGGGCGCUUUGGCAAUUGCCAUGACGGGGACAGUUUCGCCCUCUGAGACUGAUGUGCACGAAAGGCAGAUUCCGGACGGCUGUGCCCAACAGCAGAGGCUUCUGUUUGCUCUUCUGCAUGCCACGGUAGCUGCUAGUUAUGCUAUUGAGCAGGUCGGAAUGCCGGUUCUGGCAGCCCGAGGGAUCGACGUUUGGAAUGGCGAAUCGUAUCAGCAGCGGUUCAUGUCUUACCUGCAUAGAGAGACGACAUAUGUAUCUGAGCAGCUCGAAGAGUGGCAAUUACCGAAUCCUUGACGCACAAA